UAGGGCAAGUCCAGAAUGAUACAGAGAGUUUGUUCACUUAUACUGCUGGAGAAACAUCUGCAAAUUACUCCAAUCCAAACCAUAUUCCAGUAUUUCUUGAUCAAAUUGAUCCUGAAACUAGAGCAGAAGCUGAGAGAAUAUGUGGAGGGUCUGAUAAGAUUGAGUGCAUUUUUGAUUAUAGUCAAACAAAAAAUGUAGGAUUAGCAUUAGACACUCAGACAACAAUAGAACAAAAUGAACUGGAAAAGCAAAUAGGAAAUAACUUACCUCCAGUGAUUGAAGCUAGUGAUAAUUUCAUGAUAACAGUAGGAGAGACAGCAUUAUACACACUACACAUCACAGACCCUGGAGACACUGUCAGUGUUACUAUUGAUGGAGAGUUUCCAUACACACUUGAUCAAAAUGGAUCAAUAUGGACACUUAAUGUAACAUUGUCUUCUUUAGUAAAAUUUUCGUUUAAUGUAAUAGCAAGUGACUCAUUGAAUGCAACAUCAGUAAUAACUCCUCAAGUAAGAAUUUGUGGCUGUCCUGCAAAUAGAGGUAAUUGUACUGUUGAAGGUGUUCAAAAUGUUUCCAGCAAUCCAUUGAUUUUGAUUUGUGAUUGUAUUGAAGCAUAUGAAGGAAAUUAUUGUGAGGAUGAUUUUGAUGGUUGUACUGAAGUAUCAUGCUUCAAUGAUGCUACAUGUUCUGAUGUACCAGCACCUGGUACUGGUGCCAUUUGCCCACCUUGUCCUAGUGGAUACACUGGAGAUGGAUUAAUAUGUGAUGAUAUUAAUGAAUGUAAUUCAACUGGUGCCAGAAAUUGUUCUCAUUUCUGUAACAAUACUAUUGGUAGUUAUCAGUGUACAUGUAUGUCUGGAUAUGAGCUUCAUAGUGAUGGAAGAUCAUGCAAUGAAAUUAAUGAGUGUGAAAGGCUACUUGAUAAUUGCCAGCAAGAAUGCAUGAAUACUGAUGGAUCCUUCAAUUGUAGUUGUUAUGAUGGAUUUUUACUACAAAAUGAUGGUCGUAGUUGUCAGAAUGACCCUAACAGAGAAUGUUUAGGUGAUAAUAUGUGUGAGCAGUUUUGUGUUUAUGAUAAUUACACAAAGACUGAAAAUUGUUCCUGUCAAAGUGGGUAUGAUUUAUCAUCUAACAUGGCAAACUGCACAGAUAUUGAUGAGUGCUUAGAGACUAAUCCUUGUACUCAGAUUUGUAUCAACACCAUAGGAAGCUUUGAGUGUAACUGCUUAGAUGGAUUUCAACUCCAGUCUGAUGGGUUUACUUGUACAGAUAUUGAUGAGUGUCUGGUGCUAGGCUCUUGUCCAGAGCCAAGGAUAAGAUGUGUAAAUAGCCCUGGAAGUUUUGACUGCUUCUGUCCAUUAGGAACAGUCUUUCAGCAUGGAUCUUGCAAUGUUAUUGUUGAUCCAGUUUCUUCCUCGAGUCUUUCAUCUACUUAUUUGUCUUCCUUAUCUACAAGUCUAGUAUUAGCCUCACCAUCAGUAACUCCUACUCCAACUGUUCCAGCAAAUUCAGGAGUGGUUGUUAUUUUGAAUGGAACCAAUGCCAGCACUUUUGAUAGAGAGAGUUUCAAGAAUAUAACAGCAGAGGCUUUGAAUGAUUACUGUAGCAGUAAUGAAUGUACUGGUGUCUCUUCACAAAAAAGGAAAAGGACAGCAACAAAUACUAUGAUAGAACCUGAUGAUAUAGUUAUUACUGAAACAACUGAAACAAGUAAUGGACUAAGAGUGAUUUUUUACAUCAAAGGACAGUCUGGAAAUCCCAUUGAUCCUAAUGCUGUAGUUGCAGCUAUAAAGGCAGCUAAUUCAAGAUAUGCUAACGCUGGGUUCACAAUUGCUAGUCUUACAUUACUAAAUCCACCAUCAACUACUAUUGUAGUAACACCUACUACUUCAGCAACUCCUACAGAUGAUGGACUAUCUGCUGGACAAAUAGCAGGAAUAACAAUUGGUGUUUUAAUUGGAACCUUACUCACGAUCGUAAUAAUAAUCAGUGUGGCCUGUUUUAUAUACUAUAGAAAAAAGUCCAAUAAGGUUUUAAUGAAGAAAAAUGAUGAUGAAUUUGCAGUUGAAAAUUUAUAUUAUGAGCCUACUCCUAAUCCUGAAGGUUUGGUCAACAGUAUGAAAUUAAAAUUUGCUCAAGACUUUGACAGGAAUGAUAAAAGUGAAAGUGACAUGGAUAAUGUUAUGAAGAAAAGAGAAAGCAAAGUUGAGAGUUAGAGUCUGAAGAAACUAUUCUCUAAUUUUUUUCUUGUGCUGAAUUUAUAUUUAAUGUUUUCAUUUUAAAUUUUUUCUAGAUAUUAUUCUUUAGAUAUACUGCUAAAUUUUUUUGUCUUGUUAAUCUUUUGAUGUUUUAUAAUUUCAAGUAGACUGUA